CGUGAUCACAAAUUCCGUGACGAUAAAGCGUUGUCCAGUGUUGACGCCCAGUUGCGUGUGAGUGUUUAACUUAAAUUUUGCACAUCCCGUUCAGCCCGCGAGCAAUUACGGUUGUCGUUAAUACACGGGACGUCUGACAGAUUCGGUUUUACUCGCGUCAUACGAUAUUCCCGUCGCCCGUUUCCGUACGGUGAAGUGUGUUUGACAUAAUGCUCAAAAUGGCGACUCCGAAAACAAUGAGCCUCCGGUGCGCUUGUACGCUACUUUGCUACGAGCUUCCCAAUCGUUUUUCCCGUCUGUCGCAAUAAAUUUAACGUUCCACCGAGCGCGAAACGCAAGGAUUACGCAAAUCCCACGUACAUAUAUACGUAUAUGUGUGUACAAUUGGAGUGAAUUCUCGAGAGUCAGUGAAACGACGAGUUACCCGCACGUCGAUCCCUGUAGUAGUCAAAUACAGCUGUACGAUAGUAUUCUCAUUCGUAAAAGAGAUAGAGGUCAAAAUGCAGACAAUAAAAUGUGUCGUAGUGGGAGAUGGAGCAGUUGGUAAAACUUGUUUAUUAAUUUCAUACACCACAAAUAAAUUUCCAUCGGAAUACGUUCCAACAGUAUUUGACAAUUAUGCAGUCACUGUCAUGAUUGGCGGUGAGCCAUAUACAUUAGGAUUAUUUGAUACAGCUGGUCAGGAGGACUAUGAUCGUCUGCGUCCAUUAAGUUAUCCGCAAACUGAUGUAUUUCUUGUUUGCUUCUCAGUUGUAUCUCCAUCAUCGUUUGAAAAUGUUAAAGAAAAGUGGGUACCCGAAAUAACACAUCACUGUCAAAAAACACCGUUUUUGUUGGUCGGCACGCAAAUUGAUUUACGGGACGAUGCAGCAACAAUUGAAAAACUUGCAAAGAAUAAGCAAAAAGCAAUUUCAAAUGAACAAGGGGAAAAGCUUGCUAAGGAAUUAAAAGCUGUAAAAUAUGUAGAAUGUAGCGCUCUUACACAGAAAGGUCUCAAAAAUGUCUUUGACGAGGCAAUAUUAGCGGCUUUAGAGCCUCCAGAACCUGUUAGAAGAAGAAGGUGUACCAUUUUGUAGUAGGUAUUUCACUUUUUUUAUAAAACUGUUAGUUCAACAUUGACGAAGACUGUAAGUUUCCUCAUAUACAU